AUAAUAGGGGAAUUUUAAAGGCGUGACUUGACAGACAGGAAUAGUCUCAGUGAACAUGAUGUGACAUGACUGCAGGAACUAUGUCUGUGGAUUUGACAUAACAGGGAAGACAGGAACAACUUAUGUGGACGUUACAUGAUAGGCGGGAUCAAUCACAAUGGACAUAACUGGCAGGAACAGUUUCUGUAGGCGUGGCAUGACAAGCUGGAACAGUCUCUGGCAUAACUUCCAUAGACAAAUCAAAUAGACUGGGUGGCUCAGGAAAAUGCUUUGUAACUGUAAAUAGAGGCUCUGAGACCAAGGCCACCAAACUAGACACCUCUCGACUCAGGUCCUCCUGGACCUACAGUACGGGUUGAAACUUCAGAAGGAAGGCCAAUAAGUUGAGGUACAUGUCCCCUCCUUCUCCACAUCUGAGGGGGGUGACCAAAUAUUGAUCAGCCAACACAGGGUUAAGUGAAGCCGUCUUGGACACAGAGGUGGCUACAAAGGUCCAGGUCGACACAGGAAUAACCGGAAGUGACUUGACUGCCAUUGGGAUGGCCACUGCAGUCUGGAUCAACUCAAGAGUGUCUGAAACUAGUUUGACUGACACAGUAAUGGCCUCAGCGGUCUCAGUCAAUUCUGGAAUAACUGGAACAGACUUGACUAUGGCAAGGAUAGCCACAGCAGUCUCGGUCAACUCAGGGGUGUCUGGAACUGGUUUGACAGACCCAGGGAUGGACGCAGCAAUCUCAGUCUACUCAGGGGUGUCUGAAACUAGCUUGACUGGUGAUUCAACAGGAGGAGCACAGGUAACAGAUGAGACAGCUAGGGAAGGCCUCGGACAUCAACUGGCAGAAGAACUGCAGAGGAAGCAACAAGACUGUGCAGAUGGGGAGGACAGAGCUAGGCACCAUAAAGCUGAGAUCAGGUACUUGUUGACCGCAGACUGAAGUGCACCAGGUGCCAGGCAGGGGGAACCAGCGGGCAGGAACUCGCAGGAAACAGGUCAGGACAGUACAAGAGAUCAGGACUAGAAGAACUAGAUGAAUACUUAAAACCAAAAAGUCAAAACAAAUAAAAUCCAAAAAACAAAGACCAAGACUAUAACAUAGGAUUACAAGGGACUUGACAAGACUAAGGAAUAAGACAAACCAGGCAAGGGGUAAGGAACACAUACUUAGCCAUAGCCACAGAUAGCAUGGAGGUGCGGGUGAGAAUGACCACAAACAGGCAGAAAUAAGAGGGCAAGGGGAACUAUAAAUAGGGAGGAAAGUACACAAGGAACAGGUGAGCACAUUUAGACAAACAAGGAUUAGACAAGGGCUAACACGGGCGUGGUAAAGAGGAAACAAGGAGGAGGGACUAGAGGGGCAUAUGGCUGACAAAAACAGCAACAAAGCCAUGUGCUGACACACAAGACAUCAGACAUGAGAAACAAAGACAAGACAAACGGAGUGUCAGGGCAGAAUCCUGACAGAAUGAUACUCAUUACAUUAUAAAACAUUUUAAUACUUUGCAUGUGUGUAUUGUCUGUACUGAAGGCCCCGUCCCCUUGCAUGAUGCAUGAAACUCCCCACAACUUGGUUUGAGAGGAGGUGGAGUAGAUCACAGGGUGGGUUUUGUGAGAAAAUGUGGGUACUUAAAGAAUAGAUUGGCUGACAAUGUAUUUUCCAUUCAAAGUCAUGUUUAUGUCUCAGGUUUUAAAUGUUAAAUCCAGCAAGGAUUUAAAUGUAAUGCAUAGUGACAAAUUUUGUUUGUUUGUUUGAAUCCACAGAGAUGUCUAUAUCUGCUAGGUUCUAUACUGAGUGGUCCUUCUGAGCAUUUAAAAAAAUAAAAUAAAAGCAGGUCAGUGAGGUAAAUGAAAGCUAGGUCAGGUUUUUGUGGUGUGGAAUGAUGGUUGCAUAUUUAUACUAGUAUGCAACAAUACAAUGACAUUGUUCAGACUGGCCAUAUCAGAAUUAUCCUGUUCUGUAAAACAAAAAACAACGUCUGUCCUGACAAAUUACCUUUUAUUAUCAAUAGAAAGCAUGGUUCCUUUCUCCCACAGUACAGACACAUGAUAUACCUUUUUUAUUAAAAUAAUUCGCAACUGAAAAAUGAAAUGAAAUUCCUCAGUAGUGAAGUUUGCUGUUUUUGAAGCAGUUAAACUUACUCAGGUAAUUCAUACACGCUUAAUCUCUCUCAUUCAUAACUGCUUGUGAGUGACUCAAGCCUCCAUUACAAACUCUAAAAUGACGAUUUGCUAUUACCAUAUUUUCAAUUUACAACGCUGAAAUUUGAAGAAAAAAAGUUUAGUAGUUUUCAUUUCUGGAUAUUUAUGAAUGAACUUUUAAUGUUAUCAUUAAACAGUUGUUAAAUAUUAAAAUUUCUGCUACUUCCAUCUUACCUCGCUCUCUUUCAAUGUUAAACUGAUGUUUCAUGCAGAAAUUUGCACUCUGCUUCUGUGUAAACCCUGCCUACUUUUCUUUGAUUGGCCAGCUCAUUUUGACAUCGUCGAACCUCUAUAGACAGUUGAGGCAGACCAGCCUGAAAAUGUAACUUGAUGUAAAUUGAACUUUUCCAUUUCUAAGUUUUGGGGGAUAAUUGUCCCCCUCAAUGACUACGAUGAUUAUGAGUUAUGAGACGAUUUUGAUUAUCAUGAGGCAACAUGGUGAAGCAUUGCAUCUGUAACAAGUUGUAUGCAUUCUCACGUGUCAUAAAAGUGUGCAGUUCUGUUCUAUAGUUGUUCAUUUAUUCUCGCAAUGCAACUCCAUUCAUCUACAGUAGCUACCCACGCUGUGGCGAGCUGUGUGGGUGAAGGACCAAACCGAAAGCUCAUCACUAGCGCCUUUUUCCGCUCAUCAGAAGGAGGCUCAUUCGAACACAUUCUCUCACACACAUGCACAACACCCAUUUUGGUGUUGGGAGGUUGAGGUUUGUGUGUGUGCACAAAAGAGUGGAGGAAAUGAAAGUGUGAAAUAUUAAAGUUGUGUAAGGAGUAGUUUCAGUCAGUGUCUGUCUGCAAAGACGUCAUGAGGUCGCUUGUCUGUCUUCCUUUCUGCCUGGUGCUGUUUCUGCUCUGCCUCACUGCAGAAGCAAGUCAUCGUUCUUCAACCUGCUGUUUGAGGACAAGCAAAGACAGAAUACACAAAAACAGAGUGUUAAGUUAUACAGUCCAGAGAGCAGGAGUCUGCCCUAUCAACGCAAUUGUCUUGUCGACCAUACAUGGGAAAAUUAGGUGUUUUGAUCCAGACUCAGAAUGGAUCAAAGAAAUUAUGAGAAUGGUGGACCAGAAAGAACAGACACCACAAAACUCUGAUCCAAAAGCCUUGCCAUCCCAAAAUGCCAAAAGACAGAAAAAAAAUAACAAAGGAAAGAGAAGCAGACGAAAGAAUGAAAAUAAAUUUUGAGUUGUUUGUUUACUUAUGUGAUUUAUUGUUUGACCUGUGCCAACUGACAUAAACCUUAAUUUGUAAGAUGUCAAAAAUAAGUAUUCAUGAGUAUUUUAUGCUGAAUGUUUACAUUCUCGAUCUGCUUCACCUAUUUUAUAAUCUCUUAUCAAGAAUGUAUUUUUGUAUUCAAUAUUUUUGUAGUUUAAAAAACAUGUAACGUUGCAAAAUGAAUAAGCUGUGCAAAUUUGAUUUUGGAAUUAUUAAAUAAAUUAAGAAAAAAAAUAUAACGA